AUGGUUGCACCUGAUAAUGUGAAGCUGGGUGCCCACGUCUCAGCGUUAGGCAUCUUUAUAGUGUACUUUCAGUUGAGUAUCAAACUGACGGGACGACUGAAUGGCUGGGCCUCUCCCAAGGACGUGGUACUUCAUCUGGUCGGCAAAUUGACUGUGAACGGUGGAACCGGGCACAUCUUCGAGUACUUUGGCGAGGGUGUCGAGUCGCUCUCCUGCACCGGCAUGGCCACCAUCUGCAACAUGGGCGCCGAGAUGGGUGCCACCACCUCUGUCUUCCCUUACACACCAAGCAUGCACGACUAUCUAGUGGCCACAGGCCGAGAGCAAGUGGCCACCCAGGCAGACGCCUUCCAGAACGAGCUACUGCGUGCGGAUGAGGGCUGUGAGCAAGCGCAGGUGUACGACCGCGUGGUGGAGAUCGACCUGUCCAGUUUAGAGCCGCAUAUCAACGGGCCUUUCUCGCCCGAUCGCUCGUUCCCACUGUCAGAGUUUGCCAAGGCUGUGAAGGAAAAUAACUGGCCUACGGAACUGAAGUCUGCUUUGAUUGGCUCGUGCACCAACAGCAGUUACGAAGACAUCACAAAGGCAGCUGAUAUUGCCAACCAAGCCAAGGCAGCUGGUCUCAGUGCGAAGUCAGAGCUACUCAUUACACCUGGAUCCACUAUGAUUGAGAAGACUAUUGCGAGAGACGGCCUUACCCAGUCCCUGACGGAUAUUGGAGGUAUGGUGCUUGCUAAUGCAUGUGGUCCAUGCAUCGGUCAGUGGAAACGUCAUCUGGAUGACGAGAACGAACCGAACGCGAUCAUCACGUCAUUCAACCGCAAUUUCGUCAAGCGUAACGAUGGCAAUCCCAAGACAUUGAACUUCCUUGCCGCGCCAGAGGUGACUGUGGCCAUGUCGUUUGCCGGAACCACCACAUUCAACCCUGUAACAGACAACAUCCCUGGUACUGAUUUCAAGUUCUCACCGCCGAAGAGUAAAACUCUGCCAUCAAGGGGGUUCUCAUUUUACAGCCAAGAUAUAUUCCAGAGACCAAACCCCGAUGCGAACGCAGACGUAAAUGUGAGUCCGUCGAGUGAGCGUCUGCAACUGCUGGAGCCCUUCGAUGCCUGGAACGGAGAGGACUUCAAAGAUAUGUUGGUGAGUGUGAAGGUCCAGGGCAAAUGCACCACCGACCACAUCUCCGCGGCUGGUCCCUGGCUGAAAUACAAGGGCCAUCUCGAGAACAUUGCGGAGAACACGCUCAUUGGCGCUGUCAACGACGAGAAUGACAAGGUCAACAACGUGCACAACUCUCUCACGGGUGAGUUUGACACCAUCCCGGAGGUCAUGAAGGCUUACAAGGACGCCAAGAAGCAGUGGAUGGUGUUGGCGGAUCACAACUACGGCGAAGGCAGUGCGCGAGAGCACGCGGCCAUGCAGGUGCGGUACUUGGGCGGGUCUGUGGUUGUGGCUCGGUCGUUUGCUCGAAUUCACGAGACCAACCUGAAGAAGCAGGGAGUGCUGCCUCUAUGGCUACAGGACGAGAACGACUACAGCAAGAUCAGCCCACGCGCUGUGUGUUCCACGGAUGGGCUGAGCUCAAUUGCUCCCGGAUCCAAGGUUGACCUCUUGGUCCGAAAUCCCGGCCAGGACACCAUCCGCAUACCCCUGCGACACACACUCAGCGGCGACCAGAUUGAAUGGAUUCGGGCGGGUUCGGCAUUGAACAUGAUUGCCGCUGCCCAGGCAAGGGAGGAGGCGGCUUCAGCAUAG